UGCGCCAGGCAGACCGUGAAUGAGUCAGACUACAUGUGUAUACACUGAGAAUUAUCACACAGGUCGACUGUGAUAGUCAGUCACGCUUCAACUGUACUUUUCAUACACCAAAAACCUGACCUAAAAACACUGCAACUGCCUUCAUUCCUGCUGUGGAUCUAAACAAUGUAGACUUGGAACAUAAGGGAUCCGUACACGACAGACCUCGUCACCUGUAGCUUUAAACAGGAACCUAUUUGUUGUGUUAUGUCUUGUAUAUAAAUUGUUUGUUAAGACGAUGAGACUAAAUACCUCCAUUUUGGGGCCUGUUUUGGUGGGCGUGUGUAUAGUGAUACUGGCCCAGAACACAGGACAAGUACAAGGACUAACGUGCAUAGACUGUGCUGACUUCGUUAUCAAUGGAUCAGCUGCCGGGGCUAUAGUGACUCCAGUCCUGAACGCCAUCCCGGGUAUUCGGGAUAGAAACUGUCGCACUGCAACCGCUCAAUCAAAUAUUGACAUGACCACAUGUCCGUCAAAUCCCACAUCCGGGGACCGUGUGUACAGAUGCGGAGCCUACACCGGCACACUCAAUGUUGUUGGCCCAUUGAACAUUUUCGAUAUUCCUGUUCAUAUCAUUGACCGUGAGUGUGUUUUGGUAUACAAGGGUCUGAACGAUGGUUGUCAUCCCCAGAGUUUUGCCCAACAGGACGCCGCUACUUUCCAGAAAAUUUUCGAGAGACUUGAUAGCUUAGGAGCCGUCACUUUCAGGGGAAGCAUAUGUCUGUCAGGCGACGUUUCUGCUGCCUCUAGCAUACAUAUAGCGCAUUCUUUAGUAAUUUCGAUAGUUGCUUGUUUUCUGUAUAUGUUAUUUAGCUUGUCAUGAUAAAAAAAAUUAUAUGCAAUGAAAUUAUGUAUGUAUCUAUAUAUGUAAAAUUGGUAAGAAUGAUUUGUUAUAAUGAUAUUUGCUCUAUCGAUUGUUUCAUAAGUGUGAGGUUUGAAAAGGACACUUAACUGGUUUGUGAGGACAUUUUUAGUUUAUAUGAAUAUAUAUCGGGUAGACGAAGCCGUGACCAGUGUCCGUAUUCAUGAAAACGUUCCAAUGUGCAAGCAAGGAUCCCGUGUUCAAUCCAACUUUCUUGGUACUGGCUUAAAUCACGUGACAUGAUCAAAACGUCAAGAGUUUACAUUGGAAUCAACAUUUGGCUCCAAGUCUCUCCAAAAUUCUCCGAUGUCACGGAGUGAAUAUUAUCAAUUGAUCACAUGAACAAGAAAAUUUGGAUUGAGAACGGUUUAAUAAAUACGAGCCUAGUUUUAUAUAAGUAUGUUACCAGAUAGUUCUUUGAUAAGAACUAAAUAUGUUUCUUGUAGAAAACUUACGAACGAAAGAGGUGUGGCGAUUGAGAGUAAUCCUGCGUUGGAAACAUUUAACUGUUCAGUGGGGGUUAAACUAAGAGUUCCUCAACUCUUGCAAUCCCUAACAUUUUAUGUAUAUUUACACAAAUGUAUCUGACAUAAUGUAUAUUCAUGUAUUAUAAAUUAUUGCAUCUUGAGAAAAUGAAAUUGAUUGAAAAAAAAUGUCCAAAUGUUUUCCAAAUCACUGUUUUUUUGUGUAUAAAUUUAUCAAGUUUUAGCAUGAGAACGGUUUCAAAAUACGGGCCUAGAUACAAGAUAACCUGUAUUCAUAUCAGAACACCUCAAGAUGAGUUAAUCCCACCGUUGAUUAUAUCCUUGUUCCAUGUCCACAUAAAUCGCUUCGGUAGGUCCAUUGCGCAAGACAUUGUUGACAACUGUAAUUGCGGUAAUUCGGUGGGUCCUCCAGACUUGCUUGUGACCUUACAUUCAGUCAAAACUGUAUACAAGAAUAGUAGCGUGCUUGAACCAUUCAGAUAACAAGAGUAUAGACAUUUGUGUGAUACGUUCGCUUAAGGUAAAAAUGGAAUAAUAGUAUCAGCCAUAAUAACACUAUAUCUGUUCGAACACUGAUAUACGGUUUGAGGUACUCUUGUUUUGAAACGGUAUCUUUUCAAUGUACGAGAUAUUUUUAAUUUUACAAUUCUAUAUUUGAUGUAACUUCGGAAUUAUCUUCAGCUAUGGUAUUAACCUGAAGCCAACAUAGAGCCAAAGUUGAAUUGAUACAUUAACCCAAUUACCCCUAAAGUCACAUUUGAACCUUACCAAAUCAAUGACUUUGCAAGUCCAGUAUAAAUAUAUGCAGGGGUGAAUGAGUUAAUGGUUCAAUUUUUCAAAUAUUGUAUUAGCACUUUGUUUAUCUAUAUUUUUAUAUAAGCAUGUGAUGCCUUUUUUUUUUUUAAUUAAGUUUUCCUUUUUAUUGGAUCUGUUGUUCCUAUUAAAUUGAGCCUUUUUAACCAUCCUACUUAACCAUUGUUACAUCGUACUUUAAUGCUAGUAUAUUAGCACAGGGUAAAACAAAUGCUCGUGUACUCAAUGUUCAGGAUUAUAUUAUUUGUAUGUUUUGCAAGCUUGUACUAUUAUACCAUAAAACAGUUCUACCAUGCAUAAUACAAUUAAAACGAUUGGUUGAUAAUAAUGUCUUUUGUAUAUUUUUUUGUCCUGAACAAAUUAAAUUUUAUUCAUAAUCGA